AUGGCCGCCCAUCGAAUCAGAGCCACGACCAACAACAAUGCUUCACUCCCUCGCUGCAAAUCUGAGGGGACACUCAUCGAUCUUAGCGAAGGAGUGUCGGAAGCUACCCUCAAUGAUGUCAAAGUGCCUUCUCCCAGUGCCUUACGACUGGAUGCUACCGCCUCCAUUGGCACUGCCAGGGAAGUCAUUGCUAUUAAGGACUAUUGCCCAUCCAGCUUCACCACCUUGAAGUUCUCUAAAGGGGACCGCCUCUACGUUCUGGACUCAUCAGGAGGAGAGUGGUGGUAUGCCCACAACAACACAGAGAUGGGUUACAUUCCUGCAGCCUAUGUGCAGCCCAUCAACUACAGAGACUCGUCCUUCAGUGAUAGCGGGAUGAUUGACACUGUGGGAGACUGUAAUGAGGAGGCAGCCAAAGAAAUGGACCUUCUAGGAGAGUGGGCAGGGGUGAUUUUGAAACCAACCACGUUCCAAAAUGGAAAUCCUUUUACAACAACCCAUACCUCUACAAACCCUUUCCUAAAUGGGGGAACUCAGAGCUCACUUGAUCAGAACAGUAAUGAGAAAGCAGUUGACCUCCUUCUGUUUGACACACUCACUCCAUCAGUGCCCAACUCCACCAGCAACACUGCCGACAUCAAUGGUUUUGGCAGUGGCAUUUUUAACCUGAACCCUAUUAGUCCCACUGUAGGGGUGGGGCAAACGCUGCGCAGGGACAACCCCUUUUUUAGAAGCAAAAGGUCCUACAGUUUAUCUGAGCUGUCCAUCCUGCAGGCUCAAACUGACGCCCCUCAGGCCUCCACAGGUUUCUUCGGCGGCCUUAAAGCACCGGCGCCAGAGCAGUUCCAGAGCAGGGAGGAUUUCCGGACUGCGUGGCUCACUCACCGCAAGCUUGCCAGGUCCUGCCAUGACUUGGACUCACUGGGUCAGAACCCAGGCUGGGGCCAAACACAGCCCGUGGAGACCAACAUUGUCUGCCGGCUUGACAGCUCAGGAGGCGCUGUCCAACUUCCAGACACCAACAUCAGCAUCCACAUACCCGAAGGCCAUGUAGCUCCAGGGGACACCCAGCAGAUCUCAAUUAAAGCCCUGCUAGACCCACCGCUAGAGCUGAACAACGACCGCUGCACCACAGUCAGCCCUGUGGUGGAGAUCAAACUCAGCAACAUGGAGACUAAAACUACCAUUACCUUGGAGAUGAAAGUGUCGGUUGUUGUAAAAAUGGAGAACAGGCAGACCACUGAAGUCUUGUGUGUCAGGAGUGAUUGUAAAGAGGGACCAUAUACCCCUAUUCCUCAGGCGUACAUGUACGGGGACACAGUCCAGGUGUGCCUGGAUAACCUGGAACCAUGCAUGUAUGUGUGUGUUGUGGCACAGUCCCAGUCCCUAUCUCCAGACUCCACAGUUUGGGAUCAUGUGGUUAAAAAGAUAACCCUUGGAGUAUAUGGUCCCAAACAUAUCCACCCCUCCUUCAAAACAGUUGUGGCCAUGUUUGGACAUGACUGUGCCCCAAAGACACUAUUGGUGAGCGAGGCAGGCAAACAGGCUCAGUCUGCGCCACCAGUAGCGCUGCAGCUUUGGGGUAAACAUCAGUUUGUCUUGUCCAAACCGCAGGAUGUUCGUGUUGGGGUUUACUCCAACAUGGCCAACUACGAAGUAAAGGCUAGUGAACAGGCCAGAGUGGUCCGGGGAUUCCAGAUCAAACUAGGCAAAGUGAGUAGGCUCGUCUACAACAUUGCCUCACGCAACACUGAUGAUGUUUCCGAUUUCACCAUAAGAAUCCAGGUCAAAGAUGACCAAGAUGUUAUACUGGCCCAGUUUUGUGUCCAGACACCAACUCCACCACCCAAAGCAGGCCCCAAAACAUCAGUGCAGCGGCGCUUCUUGAAGAAGAAGGAAGUGGGCAAGAUUGUCUUGUCUCCUCUUGCCAUUGCCACCAAAUACCCUGUUUUCCAGGACAGGAGAAUUAAUAACCUGAAGUUUGGAAAACUAAUUAAAACUGUCAUCCGACAAACAAAAAAUCAGUACUUGCUGGAGUACAAAAAAGGAGACUUUGUAGCUCUGUUGAGUGAGGAGAAGAUCAAGCUGAAGGGCCAGUUGUGGACAAAAGAAUGGUACAUUGGAUAUUAUCAGGGCAGAAUGGGACUUGUCCAUGCAAAGAAUGUGCUAGUGGUUGGCAAAGUUAAGCCCAUCUACUUCAGCGGGCCUGAUCUUACAACUUCAUUGUUACUGGAGCAGACACUGAAGCCCUGCAAGUUCCUCACAUACAUCUACGCCUCUGUAAGAACUAUUUUGAUGGAGAACAUCGGCAACUGGCGAGCGUUCGCCGAUGCCCUUGGAUAUGUCAACCUGCCCCUGACGCACUUCUGCCGAUCGGAGCUCGACAGUGAACCUGAGAGGGUUGCAUCGGUGCUGGAGAGGCUGAAGGAGGACUGCAACAACGCAGAGAGCAAAGAGCGGAAGUCCUUCCAGAAAGAACUCCUGACAGCUCUGUUGAAGAUGGACUGUCAGGGUCUCGUGGCCAGACUGGUGAUGGAUUUCGUCCUCUUGACCACGGCUGUGGAGGUGGCCGGACGCUGGAGGGAGCUGGCCGAGAGGCUCGCCAAGGUUUCACGGCAGCAGAUGGACGCUUAUGAGGCACCACACCGUGACAAGAACGGGGUGGUGGACAGUGAGGCCAUGUGGAAGCCGGCAUAUGACUUCUUGGUCACAUGGGCCGCCCAGAUUGGUGACAGCUACAGGGACGUGAUCCAGGAGCUGCACAUGGGCCUGGACAAGAUGAAGAACCCCAUCACCAAACGCUGGAAGCACCUGACUGGCACGCUCAUCCUGGUCAACUGCCUGGACGCCCUGCGGAGCUCCGCCUUCAGCCCCGCCGCUCAGGACGACUACGCCAUCUAAGCUCCUCUUCCUUGGUGACUCGUUAACUCCUGCAGGUGUUUCCGGAAGAGCUCACACUCGCUCUUCUGUAGCAUUUAAGAUGAUACACAGUUGGAAAUGCUGCAUACCAGCGGUCUGCUCACUCUGAACGCCACUACUGCUGUCAUACGUUGUUGUUUUGUUCCUGCGGUGCUGCCUUCAGCUCCUCACACCCAGGGAAACCUUGGCCGGACUGCCCCCACGUCUCCUCGGCCGCCAGCCAAACAACACAGUGCUGUACGGAGCUCACAGUAUUCACAAAGACACUUUUAAUAGUUCCUGUCUUGCAUAGUUAUGUAUUUUUGUAUUCUUAUUAUGGCACAGCAGUUUUUAAAGCAACAUUUUAAACCCUUUGGUUUAGAACUGUGCAUUGAACGCCAAGAAAGAUGCUUUUUUUCCCAAGUAAAGACACUUUUAGACAUUGUAUCCUUGAUACCGUAACCUUGUCACUUUUAUCAAAUCUGUUCUAUUUAUUUAUACAUCAAAGAGGAAAGUCACAUUUUCUUCUCUUCUUCAGGUUCUUUCACUGUGGUCCUUCUCAUUCCAGAGAUCAAAUUGUCCCUGUCACUUUGUAAUUUUCAAGACCUGGCAGUGAA